AUGCGGCUCACCGGCGCAGCGGUAGUUCAAUUCACCUUCUGUGCAGCUGCUGCAGGCACAGAAUGGAGUGAGCCAGGGACUGCGCAGUUCGACUUCAGGAGCGAUGUCGUGACUCGACCGACACUUCCUAUGCUUCGAGCAAUUUUGGAGACCACUCUACAAGACGAUGUAUACCGUGAGGAUAAGACGACAUCUUCGUUUGAACAACGUAUGGCACACCUGACUGGCCACGGAGCAGGGGCAUUCGUACUAUCAGGGACCAUGGCGAACAUUUUAGCCUUGAGGACGCAUCUGACGCAACCUCCCCAUGCAGUGCUGUGCGAUUUUCGUUCGCAUAUCGUAACUUGGGAAGCUGGUGGCAUUGCAAGUAUCUGUGGUGCCAUGACUCAAGCACUCAGCCCAAGCAAUGGAGAAUUUUUGACGUUGGAAGAUAUUCAAAAGCACGCCGUCAUCAGUGACGAUGUACACCUUUGCCCGACUGCAGUUGUAAGUCUUGAAAAUACCAUCGCAGGACUCGUUCAUCCGUUAUCAGAGCUGAGAAGAAUCUCCAACUGGUCUCGAAACAAUAGAUUGAAGCUUCACCUGGAUGGCGCCAGGCUUUGGGAGGCUGUGGCUGCGGGUGCAGGAAGCUUGAAGGAGUUUUCCACUUGUUUUGACAGCAUUUCGAUUGACUUCAGCAAAGGUUUGGGGGCUCCCAUGGGUGCGAUGAUCCUUGGCAAUGCCGAAUUUAUUGCAAGAGCCAGGAGGGUUCGAAAGUCAUUGGGUGGUGGGAUGAGACAAGCAGGAGUGUUGAGCGCGGCUGCAAGUUCGGCUGUUGACGAGACAUUUGGAUCGGUAAUCAAUGGAAAGAGAUCAGGAGAAAGGCUCAGAGAGGUUCACUCAUUGACUAAAGAGGUUGCUCGUAUGUGGGUUCGGAGAGGUGGUAGGUUGAGUACGAGAACAGAAACUAACAUUGUAUGGAUUGAUCUGAAACAUGUUGGGAUCGGUAGCGCAGAAUUCAAUCAUAUUGGACAGAAGCAUGGAGUCAAGCUCAGCGGGAAACGUCUCGUCCUCCACUACAAUAUCAGUGAGGAAGCUUUGAAUAGGCUGGGUCUUGUUUUCGACGAAGUAUUUACGAGGGAUAGAACCGUCUGCAAGAACAGAAAAGAAACACAGGCAUAG